UCGCGCCUUCCCCGCGGGGCGGCGGCGCUGGCGCUGGCCGUAACUUUUUAAAGGGCCCCUAACGAGAGCCAAGUGGAAAGCGACGGUCUGGGCUCCGGGGCGCCUAUUAAUUUGGCAACCUCCAGCGCCGACGUUGGAUUCUGAACCAAUCAAGAGACGCUCUUUGGCCAGUCGCGGUCUGCGCUGUAUAAACUCCCCCCGGGCAGCGGCAGCGUGCAGGGCGGAUUUCGAGGUUCUGGGGGAGCGCGGUCCCGUGGCGGGUUAAGAAAGCAUAACAAACGAGAAGAUGAAGUGUCUCUUGAUCACUGUUGCCUUUGUAGCUUUGUUCUGCCCUUCUGAAAGUGUCAUAAAGUGUUAUGACUGUAUUCCUGGUCCCAGUCUAUGCAAAACUGAGAAGAACUGUUCAUCAGAGUAUGAUUCUUGCAUCUGGGUCAGCCUGGGUGAACAAAGAGAGUCCUAUAACUGCUGGAAAUAUUCCCAAUGUGAUGGCAAAAAUAUCGAGAAACACUUUAACACCGGUACCUUUACGUUUAGGUGCUGCAAGUCAGACUUGUGUAAUAGUAGUCCAUUAACAAUGGCAGGGAGUAUGAUCUCCCUCAGCAUAGCAUCUUUUCUGACCACACUGCUUUUAAUCUGAACAGAAAAAGUGGCACAUGGCAAAUAGCAUUUCAAGUACUUGUUGGAUUGUGCAUUAUUUCCUGCUGCAUGUGUAAACUGGCCUUCAAAUAAAAUGUCUCCUGUGCUUGUAUCUCCAACACUGGGUUGUAUCUGCCUGCUCAACUAAGGGUGGCAUGUUCCUCCAGUGCGAGGAGCCAACUUCUGAUUCAAGAGCGUCUUCAUCACGGACUAAUUCUGGCGGCUUGACACCGACAGUGCUUCUAGCUCUUUACUGGGCCACAAGCUUUUGUUAUAUGCACUUGGGAUGUGAAUAAGCACUUUGCCUUCAUUAUAAAUCAUUCUUGUAAAUGUUAUAUGCCAUUCAUUCUCCAUUAGGAUUUUUACAUUUGUGUUUAUACGCCAGCCCUAUUCUGUGUGGGGAAGUUUGGAGCAGCUUACAGGGGGCUCCCAUUGGCCUCCUAUCCAGGCACUCGCAUCUAAUAAAAAUUAAACACCCCAGGCAGGCUUUUCGCUCAGUCCUAACCAUCCUCCUUGUCCUCUGUCUUUCUUUCCAUCUUACAUCAUCUGAACUCAUGUUCUUAAUUAAAACAGUAUAUCCCUUAUGCUUAAAUUCUCUACUACGUCUGGGUAGCAACUCCAUAGCAGUGUGGGGCUCCCCCGUAGACCUUUGGAGUACUCAUGCAGAACUCCAGGGCUCUGUAGACCCCAGUUGGAAAACAGCUGUAUUAGAGCAUAAAAGCCCUAGUGGCAGCUGAACAUAAUCAAUGAAAAGCGGCCCACAAAACAAAGUGUGAAAAAGCACAAGUCUCUUUGAAAGUUGGUAACAUCUCAGAUUUCUGUGACAACACAGUUUUCAGAGUGAGUGGGAUUUGGGCUAAAGCCUUCUCUAAAUUCACAUGCAGCAUCCCAAAAGCCCUAAUCCCAGAUGUGUGAUUGCCUUUUGGGGUUCUGUACUGGGAUGAGAAGAACCGACUUUGCAUGUGUGUUCAAGAACACAAUAAAUAGCCUGAAGGACAAAGCCUGACUUGAACAGCCUUUUAUUACAAGGAUUUGGAUGCAGUCCAUGAUCACUGGAAUUCAUUUGCUGUUCCUAUUCCAGUGGGGAAAUGGUGGUGCUAUUUUUGCUAUUCACAGUGGAGAGAACACCAUUUGUGUAUUAAUGCUUGGUAGCCUGGUUAGUUCAGGGGCAGCAGAGAACUGACAGUAGUUGGCUGUACCAAGAGUUUACAAGAGGUAGGAGCUGAAACAAGUUUGGGACUCUGAUGCAUUGGUGUCAGUGUUGACUAUGUGCCUAUUUCUGUACCUUUGCUGUGUACAACCUGAUACUCAUAAAUAAA